AAACAUGUUAUAUUUUGCUUAAAGUGGGUGAAGCGACAGAGAAAGAGGAGAGAGAAACUUCGAGGAAACAACCUUCACCGUUCAUCAUCAUCAACAAUCCAACAACAAAAUCAAUAUCCAUUCUUAUCAUUUCUCAGUCACUGACACACUCAAACUGACACCUUUACCUUCUACCUUAAUGCCCUUCAACUCCAACUGCCUCACCCUCUCUCGGCCCCUCCAAGGAUAGAGAAUUUAUGGGCGGAUCAGUUUCAAAACGAAGGAGUUCUAGGCGACGUUCGUCCUCAAAUUUUUUUCCUCGGUAUCAAUCGCCUUAUUUGCCACAAAGCCAAGAUCAAGGGUCUGUGAGGCAUUACGGGUAUUCAUCUCAAAGCAAUGGGGGUGGUCCUGCACCAGAACAAGGAAAGAAAUCAGAUGGGAAGUAUUCAAGGAUAGGUGAUAAUUAUAAGAGCUUAGACCAGGUAACUGAAGCUUUAUCAAAUGCUGGGCUAGAAUCUUCCAAUCUCAUUGUUGGUAUUGAUUUUACGAAGAGUAAUGAGUGGACAGGUGCAAGGUCAUUUCAAAGGAGAUGCCUGCAUUACAUUGGUCAUGAACAAAAUCCGUAUGAGCAAGCUAUAUCUAUCAUUGGAAAAACUCUAUCUUCCUUUGAUGAGGAUAACUUAAUUCCCUGUUUUGGUUUUGGAGAUGCAUCAACUCAUGAUCAAGAAGUUUUUAGUUUCUAUCCUGAUGAGAGAUUUUGCCAAGGAUUUGAAGAAGUGUUGGGACGAUAUAGGGAAUUGGUCCCUCAGUUAAAACUUGCAGGACCAACAUCAUUUGCCCCAGUCAUUGAGAUGGCAAUCACCAUAGUUGAGCAAAGUGGAGGCCAAUACCAUGUCUUAGUGAUUAUAGCUGAUGGCCAGGUGACGAGAAGUGUUGACACUGAGCAUGGUCAGUUGAGUGCACAAGAAAAGAAAACUGUGGAAGCUAUUGUGAAAGCUAGUGAAUAUCCCUUGUCGAUCAUAUUAGUUGGGGUUGGAGACGGACCGUGGGAUAUGAUGAAACAAUUUGACGAUAACAUCCCAGCACGAGCAUUUGAUAAUUUCCAGUUUGUGAAUUUCACAGAAAUAAUGUCAAAGAACAUGGAUAGAUCAAGAAAGGAAACUGAGUUUGCAUUGGCUGCUUUGAUGGAAAUACCCUCCCAGUACAAGGCUACAAUAGAGCUCAAUAUAUUGGGUACUCGAAGAGGGAAAGAUAUCGACAGGGUUCCUCUGCCGCCGCCUCUAUACGGUGCAGCAUCUUUCAAUUCCCCAAAAACUUCCCGUCAGAACAGUUUUCGUCCCAGUGCACCAUCUAGCAGACAUGAUGUUAGGCCGAACCCUCCCGCAACUUCUGCUUCUGAUAAUCAGGUUUGUCCCAUUUGCCUCAGCAAUCCUAAAGAUAUGGCCUUUGGAUGCGGGCAUCAGACAUGCUGUGAGUGCGGACAAGAACUUGAGUUAUGCCCCAUUUGCAGGAGCACCAUCGAUACUAGAAUAAAACUUUAUUAGAUGAUCUCUUAAAUCUUGUCCCUGAUUUUUCCCGUUGAGGUAUGAAACCAGGAUAUCAGAGAAAGGGAGCUGAGUCCAAACCAUUUUCUUAUUAGCUUCUCAUUGUACAUAUUUUUGCCAUUUAUGUUUGAGCCUAUGCUUUUAGCGCAUUUUAUACUGGAGUUGGAUUUGCUUUGUUACUAUAUUCAUUUUAUGCAAUUCAUCAAUAUAAUAUUUCAUACUUGUACA